AGCCGUUUCAAGUGCGCAUGGAAGCUUUAUCGCAUUGGCUGGCAACAGCCUAGACUAGCAACAGCUGCCGAGUAUGGCAAACAUUCUUCGUCAGCUGCUGUUUUUCCAUAUCGUUUGCAUGUAUUUUGGCAAUGUUCAUGCAAGCCGUGUACACCUGUCGGACCUGGAUGGGGACAGUUCCAGAAACUUGUGUAGCUUGCCAUUACAAGAGAAGCUACUUGUGGCGUGGUUUAUGCUGGUGGUUUUGCUUUCAGCCGGCACAGUUCGCCGGAUGCCACAUCGGUUCGCCGGCGACCAGACUGACUUUAAGGCAUUCAAGUCAAUGUCAUGGACAGGUGUUGCAUUUGCAUCGCUUGCUAGUCAUGCUUCGGGAAUAGUAGGUUUUGUCGGAUUCCAGCACAUAAUUGUUGCAAGGAUUGUCGCGGUCAGUUCACAGGUGCUUUGCCAACUUUGCUGCUGUACAUGACCGUGCUUGUGUCUAUCAUUGCUGUUACUACGAGUGCAAUCUUGCUCACAGCUGUCCUCCUGUACUGGGUGAACGUGCGGAGCUUGUACCAAUCGCCAAAAGUGCAGCUGCAUGACACAUGCUUCCAUGAGAAGGCGGACAUCACUUUAUCAGAGUUCAUUAGAAUCGUUGGACGCUCUGAGUCUGAGAUGAUGGCUUGCUUGCAGGCUGCAUCUGAAAGGCAGAGAGGGACUCAUGAGAAUACAACUGACAGCAGCUUUUCUGACCGUCACUUCACAGUCAGGGAACGAAAGCUUGCAACGGCUGCUGGAGAAGAUUUCGCUGUAUUCGUCAAGUAUGGCAGCAGGAAGGCUUUUUUCCCAGCUCAGAGAUACGCUCCCCUGGCUCAUCAUUUCUUCGCUGGCAGCCUUUUGCUGGCGCGCUUCCCUGCAGCAAUCUUUCCAGACUGCGCCCAGUAUCAUUAAUUUGGAGGCUCGGUGGGCAGCCCUGAGUCCCGCUUCGCAAGACAAGACCUACUACUUUCUGAGAAGCACAGAAGCUGCACUGGAAGUGGAGGUGUCGCCAAAAAGGACAUCACGCGUGAGCCUUACAUGUGGCAACUGCGAGCCCAUUGAGCACAUCUUUAGGCACCGGCUCAUGCAGUUUGACAUGCGCCGCACGCCAGUGUUGCAGAUCCCACGCAACUGUUCUGGAAGCUGCACUCUGGAGGCUCAUGGUUUCGGCAGCAAGUCCAGCUUUGUGAGUCUAAGACUGGAACACUCUCUGGACUUUCACCUUUGCAGCUGCUCUGGCAAAACUUGCGCAUGCUGUGAUGGCUUUCAGGGCAAGUUGGACGACAAAGAUUUGCUGGGUAGUUGUACUGCAGCACCGUGCAACAUUGAGAACUCCAACAAGCUUGCAGGCCCAUCCCGUGCUUGCAAACAUGGGUACGCAGGAGACAUGAAUUGGCGGGGACCGAAAGCCUUUGGGUCCUGCGUCCCAGCACCUUGCAGGGUGGCAAACUCCAAUCAGAAGCCUGGGUUGAGCUGCAGGUGCAACGACAACUUUCUGGGAGACAUCAAUUGGAGUGGAAGUGUUGCCCGCGGCAAAUGCCGUGCAGUCCCUUGUGACGGACGCAAUGUGGAAAGCGGGGUGGCGCCAUGCAGGUGCGGAGACGGCUUUCGCAGCACCAGUCCUGGCAAACUAAGGCGUCUCCAUGGAGUAUGGAGCUGGCUUGUCAAGCGGCGCCGUGCAAUAUUACGAACUCAAAUCAAAGGCCAGGCCAUGAUUGCCAAUGCCAGGAUGCUUACAUUGGCAAAAUUUCCUGGAACGGGUCCAAAGCUAGCGGCAUUUGCAGCCCCGCCCGCUCGCUGCAGCGUGCGCGACUCAAACAGAAAACCUGGGCCGGACUGCAAGUGCAAGGAGAACACUUUGCCGGUGACAUUUGGUGGCAUGGCAGCAGCAGUGAAGGGAAGUGUGAGGCGGUUAGAUGUGCAGCCAACCACAAAGCCAGGAAGAGGGCACCGUGCCGGUGCGUAGAUGGUUAUGAGGGCAAAUUCAACAGCACAGUGACCUUUGGCCGUCGCCGUUAUACUUCGCCAGAGCUACGAGGGCGCUGCAGCAAAGCGCAGUGCACUGUUCCGAAUUCCACUUUCGUCGCUGGCAGAAGCUGCCGUUGCCAAGACGGGUACAAAGGCCGCAUCAGGUGGGAGGGCUCUCAGGCCUCGGGUUCAUGCUCCCAAGCGCCAUGCAACCUGCCAAACACAAACAUGGCCGCCGGAAUUGCCUGCAGAUGCAAAGAUGGAUAUGAGGGCAUGGUCACGUGGAACGGGCCAACGCCAACGGCCAACUGCAGACCUGUGGAGUGCACCAUUGCCAACUCUGACCUUGUACCAGGCCCUUCGUGCAAAUGCAACACCGGCUGGGUUGGCAAGAUUGUGUGGCGUGAGACCUCCGCAUUCGGAACAUGUGUGUUAGCGCCAGCUUGCUCUCAGGAUGUGGUGUUCAUGAUGAUCCCAGAGCUGGCAGACAAGAAUCGCAGCCGGUUUGCUCAGCGACAACUGUUUGCUGGUUUUAGAUGUGCUGGCACCACCAAACUGAAGUGGUCAGCAGCCCCUGUCCCUAGCCUCAGCCCGGCAGCUGGUGUGCAUUGUGACAACCUUGAUCACUCCUCAACCCCAUUGCCGAGCUUUCUGCCAAAACACUGCGUCAAAGUCCAGGCAGACAAUCUGCGAUGCGCUCCAUACAUGCGCUAUGCCACUACAACCAAGGAGGCGAACAUCACAUGCAACCAUGGAAGACUAGGGGAUGUGUUUCAUCUGGAAUUUCAAGGGCGCAUAUGUGGCUACGAUCGCAUCCAAUGGGAUGUGGUGGCUGUCAGAAGCAUGAGUCUAUCAGGUUCUGGUGUAGAUGUGCUUUGCCAACGCAAUUUGUCGGUUGGUUGUGGGACUGCUCCCCAUCCUGGAGUUCCGACGGUAUGUUACUGGUAUUCUCAAGAUGCAGUUUUUCGGAGUCAGUCCCAAAAGGUCGACCUGAGACUUGCUAGUGACGGCUGGUUUUACUUGGAAGGUGAGGGGAUUCCAGCAGAAAUGCAGCAACGAACGGAACAUGUAGUCAAGAGUUGGCAUUAUUCCGGGGAGUAUUUCUUGCUCGUGUGGUCUUUCCACACUUCAAUGCUGGCGCCCAUCACUAUGGCCCUGCGCGUGGACAGGACAGACACUGAGUUGGAACUGAGCACGUUUGAUGACGUGACAUUCAGAAUGACUGCGCCCUGCCCACAGUGGCUAAGCAACGCCUAUCAAGCUCAGCAGCAGAGUAUGGACCCAGCCAUAUUCGCUGUGGAGGCCUUGUUUGGAUGCAAUUUCUCCUCAUCAAUUGGCUCGACCAGGUACAAUAUUACGAUUGGGCAGGUAAUCAAUGUUGCAGUAGCAGAUUCCCACCUGUGCAUCAAGCACAGCCCUGGAUGCAUGACUGGCACCGAAUAUUGGUUCAGAUCCUCGGGGCCUUCUGAGUCCCUAUCAGGGAUCGGCAUUCAGCGAUACAGAUCCAAGCACAGGGACGCACAGUGCCAUGUUGCUGCGUUCAGCGAGAUGUCUCUUGAAGUCUGGCACCUGAGCGGGCAGGACAAGCCCGACUGCGCUGCUAUGAGCCUUCCCUGCCGUCACUUAUUGCGAUGCACAGUGGAUGUGGGCAAGUUCCUGCAGAUCUGCGGCACAGAUUACAGGGAUUUGUGGCAUCAUCACAUAUGGAAAGCGGCUGUAGGGACUGAUGUCGAAGAGUGAAGGCCGUGUUUCACCCGAAAGCAUCGCGCUCUACGCUUGCAAGAGCCUUGCCCAACUCUGCAAUCUGGGCGGACAGCGCUCAUUUGUAGUCGGAGCCGUCCGCGACAGGGCAGUGAAGCGGGUGUCAUGUGAGCAUGUU